CAAAACAAACAACAACAACAUGUAAACGCUAUAAAUAAUAAGAUUGUGAAAUCGUCGCUUAAAUAUAUUGACAUAUUUGUAUACAAGAACCAAUAUGACGGUCGGCUGGAGAACAUUGAAUGUUGGAGAGCAGGCACUGGUGUAUAAUCAUGAAGGGCAAGCAAGAAUUGAAGAUGGUCCGAAAAGGCUGUUUUUGUUUCGUGAGCGUAUGACGGUACUACAGAGGUACACCGCCAAUCAGAAUGAGUACUUGGUUGUCAAACAUAGAGACGGUCAGAUAGAGCAUAAGCAUGGACCAUGUGUUAUGUUUCUGAACACACUUGCAUACAAAAGCAUAACCAAGCAAGACAUGAUUUCAUUGGAUGCUAACGAAGCCUUGGUAGUGUACAGCCAGGACGCGUCAACCAAUAAGGUGAAGCGUUACAUCAAGUAUGGACCCACAAUGUUUAUGCCAAUGGCCCAUGAAUGGCUACACAAAUUCUCAUGGCACGGCACAGACCCUGACAACAAGACUCGACUUAUUCCAAACCAGAAUAAAUUUGAACGUCUACAGAUCAUACCGGAUCAGUUCUACUAUAAUGUGGACGAGGUACGGACAGCUGAUGACGCACUUAUCAGAGUGAAGCUCAUGAUCUUCUACGAGCUUACUGACAUUGACCUCAUGCUAGAAGCCACUAAAGAUCCUAUUGCAGAUUUUGUAAAUUGUGUGUGUGCAGACACUGUCGCCUUUGCUGCUAAAAAUACGUACAUAGAGUUUAUAGAGAACUCUGGACAGCUGAACAACCUGUCCAGCUUCCCUCAGCUCACUGAGAGGGCCAAGUCCAUUGGCUAUAACAUCUCCAAGGUAGUGUUCCGGGGGUACUUUGCCCACGAGAAACUGCAGAAGCUACACGACGGGGCCAUUGAAGUGCGGACCAGACUCAAGAUGGCUUAUGAAUCAGAAGAGCAAGAACAAAAGAUGACAGACCUGAAGCUGAAGAAUGAGAAAGAUCGCAUCGACCUUGAGCAAAAGAUAGCCUUAGAAGAGUUGGCUCACAAGCAGGAGAUGGAGCUGUCCGGCAUGAAACACAAGUUGGAACUGGAGUUGAAGGAAGAGGAACAGAAGAGGAAGAAAUGGGAGGCGGUGAAACUUGGGGAGCUCCAGGGACUGAAGCUCACUGAUGCUCAGCGUAUGGACUACAUGAAGAACCUGCACGGUCUAGGGGUGGACCUCGACCAGUAUGUACAGGCAAUUGCAGCGCGGCCGGAGAAAAUCACACGCAUUGUGGCGGCAGAGAACACUGCAAAUCUGCACCUGCAUCAGUAGACAGCAUGCUGAGUUAACUCAAAUGGUUUUUCCUCAAUAUAAACUAGGUGUACUUGAUUUCUUAAAGGGUAUCCUUCCAUAGCCCACUAUUUGAUAUUCAUUAAUCUCACCUAAAAGCUCGUGUACAACUGAAAGAUAAAUACCAAACACUGUUGUUUGUUUAGUUCAUUUAUUAAUGUUUACAAAAAUUCCCUAAUUGGUGAUAAAUGAUGCUUAUUUUAGAAAUUGUAUAGGUACGAUCUGCAACCCUUAUAUUAGUCAGGAAAAAUGCUAAUGGCAGUUGCAGUCCAAAAGAAACAAUUUUACUCAUUUGGUUGGAGAAAAUUAUUCUCAGCUGCCACUUUUUCUUAAUUAAUUUCCAUUCCAUAAAGCCCAAAACAAAUUUAUGUUUACAAUGUAAGGAAAAUCGGGUUAAUAUAGUUAAUUUUGCAUCAGCAAGACCCCUGAGUUGCCAUGGUACACUUCAAAGUAAAUCUUUAAAUAGCAUAACUGCUUUUUUGUAUUGUAAGCUUGUUAGACUUGAAUAUGUUUAUACUGAUUAUUCAAUUAAUUCAAUAAUCAGUAUACAUGUAUUACCCAUGUAUUGGCAUAUAUUAAUUGAAUAUAAUAGAUAUAUAUAGAAAAAGUGAGGGUUUAGAACUUUACAUCAGCAAUUUUCAUUUCAUCUGUGCCCUGUAUGUAGACUUUCAAGUUUAAAACUAAGAAAGUUAAAAAAUACCAUAAAAAUAUCAAAUAAAAAAAAAUAUAUAUAUACAAAAUAUUAUAUGUAUCAGACAUUUGUUGUGGCACCUUUUAGCCUAAGAACCAAGCAUGGGGCUUGCUGAGAGUAAGUUCAGUACAAAUAAACAGCUUUAUUUGCCAAUGUGUUUUACCAUGUAUUGUUUAUACAUACAAUAAUACUUCUAUUUUAAUAAUAAUUAUUAUUGUAUGUUUAACAAUAAUAAUAUUAUUAUUAUUAUUAAGUGUAUUGUUGCUAUUAUUAGGUGUAUCAACGUCAGAAAUUUUUGUGAGUUUGUGUUUUCGUAAAUAAAUGUUUUGUUAUUUUAAGCAUUGAUGUAAUUUUUAAACAGACUGUUUGGAUAUUUAUUUUGUAUUUCCGUGCAAUUGGUUGAUAGUUGUGUGUUUACAAUCAACAUAUCUUACUAUAAAUUAGUAACUUUUUCCUGCAAUUCAUUGUAUCUCAAUUUAGUUACAUGUCUGCUGUAUUUGUAUGCCCCCAAAGGGAGAUAUAAAGUCAAUCUCAUCUCCUGUCCUUCUGCAUGUCCGCCCUUUUUGUGUGAUGUGGUGUAUUAGUUGAGAAGUUUUGAAAGGAUUCAAUGAAAUUCCAUAUAAUGAUAGAGACAUACUGGGGAUGUGCAGAAUUCUGAAUACAAGAACCAUAACUCUGCCAUGUGGAUUUGAAGAGUUAU